ACGAUGCAGUAGUGGGUAGUUCAUCUCUCGCUUCCCUCCGAGGCACACACACACACACUCACUCACAAUAUAAGACAGUUCACACGGCUACGGAAGCUGCACAGGGCAUUCCUCCACUCCUAAAGCAAACAGCGAUUUCGUCUUCUUCCCCUAGAAAAAAACAAAAUAAGAUAUACUUUUUUAAUUCGCCGACAUCACAAUCCCCGUGGAAUUGCUGAUGGAAGUCAGUCAUUCGGUGGAUGUCUUAGUGACCGGACGUCUCCAGUGAACUUAUGUGGGUCUUUGGAACUUUGGGAAAAUCUUGCACAGUAGAGUGAAGUGAAAUAUUAUUUGCUGUUUAGUUUAGUGAAGUAUCAUGGGGACGCCGCUACCAACGGAAACCAAGGAUAAUAGCUCGGCCGAAAACGGAAGCAAGUCAACAGAUGUUCUCGGGCAGCGAGUGAUGACCUGGUGCCCACCGUCCUCCUCUCCAUCCCCCUCCUCCUCCUCCCUAUCCCCACUGGGACCCACGAGUUCAUCCCCACCAGCUCACCAAUCUUCCAGCAAUGCACAGAAGGACCACUCAACCUUCGCCAGUUCGAUGUCUAGAGUGCCAACCGCCCACCGCCUCCUUCAGACGCUCCCGUUUCUUCCGUCGUCUGCACCUGCAGUCUCGAGGACGACCUCCCCAGCGUCGUCGUCUUCAUCGCCUCCCCUGGGAAUGGACCCGAGGGUGAUGGAGUUCCUGCGGAGUUAUGGCACUCUUGGUCAGCUGCCCUGGGUGCCGAGUUUCGGUACCACCAGCAACGUGUCCCUUAGUCGCCUCUUGCUCACGCCAACAGGUAGACUGAGCCGCCCAAAGAAAAGAUACAUCUGCAAAUACUGUCAACGCGAGUUCACCAAAAGUUACAACCUGCUGAUCCACGAGAGGACCCACACGGACGAGAGACCCUUCCCCUGCGACAUCUGCGGCAAGGCCUUCAGGAGGCAGGACCACCUGAGGGACCACAAGUACAUCCACAGCAAAGAAAAGCCCUUCAAGUGUGAAGUAUGCAGUAAGGGCUUCUGCCAGGCCAGGACUCUGGCUGUGCAUAAGGCCCAACACGCCCACGAAGCUCUCCAGUCACCGCUCCACGUCCCUUCUCCGCCGUCUGUGUCUACUACGUCUCCCUUCAGGAAUUUGGAUCUGCGGGAUAGACUGGCGCCAUACCCAACCCUCGCCCACCUACACAGGAGUAUGAGCCGUAACCUGCAGUUCUUCCAGACACACAAUCGCGUCCCGGUACUUCCCGAGGACCCAAGCUCUCCCCUCGAAGUGAUCACCGACGAAGCGAAAAGUGCCAGCGCCGAAAGGGAUGUGAUAUUCGUCAUGGCAGGCGACACUGCCGAAGUGGCGGAAGAAAAAGCUCUUGACCUGACCGUGGGCAGGAAGAUUUCCAGGUCGCCCGAUGGCGCUGGCAAGAGUUCUCCGCCCACGCAAAUUGAUCACAACAAGAAUGAAAUUCGACGGAGUCCCACGAGUGUCGAUAUUUUGGCGCUGGCUACCAAAAGCCUCGCAAAGGCGUCGGAAGCCAUCACGAAAUACAGUGAGCGGGAAAAUCGUUUUUCAAUGGCGAAUUUGAUAGCAAAGUAAUAUGCUAGACUGAGUGCGAGUUAUUCAGAGAAAAUUAAUAUUCUAUCAGUUUUUGUGAUAAUAAUUCAAAGGUAAACAUUAAGUGGGUUACUGUUUCAUUGACUGUUUUCUGGAUUCAGCCUACAGUUGCAAAUUCAUAUAAUAUCAAAACACCCAAAAGCAAUCCGUACAUUAAUAAUGUAUAUGGAAUUUUAUACUUAGUCAUAAUACCACAUUUUCUUUCACGUUGAGAGUGUGAGUUUGAAGCUGAAAGUAAGAGAUCUUGUUUAAAAAUUUUCUAUAAUAAUAAUAAUUGAAUUCUGCCAGAUUUCUUAUUUUCAGGUUUUCGAAAGGUAUGCCAUAAUGGCAAUUAUAUAUUGUUAUAUUUUCUUUUUUAUAUUUGAUAUUAUAG